AAGCGUUGCAUGGGAAGGCGAAAGCAAUACCCAUCGAAGAGGUCGGGGGGCUGAGGUCAAGCUCGCUCCAGGUUCCAGCGCUGUGGGUGGGAUCCAAAGUUUGUUUACUUAUCACACUUCAACUCACACACCUAACUUCCACAUCAACAUGGGGGGCUUGGACGGGGCUGGAGCUUGGCCGGGGCAGCAUAAUUGGCACAUGGUAAUUUAUACCCAGGUGAGAGACCUGGGUCUGCGUCGUGACAUUGCGGAUAAUUUGGAUUCGGACCGUGCUUACUGUGUAUGUAGGUAUACUUGUGAGUCUGUGACAAUACGUGCGUGGGAAGUAUUAUUGUGCUCACGUUUUGUGGAUAUUUUCCCAUGUGACGACCUCAUCGUCCAUCAUCAUCAUCAGGGUUUCUCAUCAAGGUCAACUUCAUUGGAUAUCAUUGCACGUCACAUUCAAAGACGAAUGGUUGGCUGUCGGUGUCGUGGGAUUGUCCAUCUUUGCCUCCUCGCGUGGGUAAUUCUGACUCGGAGGAAGGCUUGCACUGCCUAUCUCGAAGACAUGGUAUCAUCAUAUCAUGGAAUUGUUGGAACUGUAUCAUGGGGAACCCUCGAGUUAACAAAUGCAAAUAUGAUAACUAUGAGGUCAACUACCACCUACUAUUACAGACAUAGUCAUAGUCACCGUCGUAGGAGAAGCUGCACUGCUGCUGCACCGUAGAUCGAAGCAUUAGAUCCGAAAGGCAAUGCAUGCACUAAACCGAACGAACGCUCAAGCAACUUCAGUACCUACCUCCUAUGUACGGAACGCUCAAGCAACUUCAGU